AUGGCUUCAUUGAAUGAUACACGUACAUCGGACAAUUCACUUUUAUGUCCAUUAACAUUAGAGUUAUUUCGUGAUCCAGUUUUAGCACAAGAUGGUCAUACAUAUGAGAGAGUAGCAAUUGAAGAAUGGAUACGAAAAACUGGUUCGAGUCCAUUAACGCGACAACCCUUAUCUAUGGAAUAUUUAUAUUCAAAUCUUGUUGUUAAAAAAAUAAUUGAUAACUUUGAAACAUUAACACGUAAUAAAAAAUAUCAAUUCAUACUUGAUGUCGAUGUGAAAAAGGCUAAAGGUCGACCAUUAUUUCAAACAUAUGGUAAAUCGAUUUUUAACGCUGAAUGGUUACCAACAAAUGAAAAUCGACCAAAAAUACUUAUUUUAAAAAUAAAUGGUGCUCGUGCAAGCAAAGAAGCAUCAUUCUAUGUCGAAUUAAGUCGUCAUCCUCAUGUUGUUCGAACAUUUGGUUUUGUAGGAAAUAAAAAUAUGAAUGAUGACAUUGAUUAA